AUGGGGACAACCUACGAGAUGCCUCACUUGGCAUCCUCCAAAAACCACAUCCACCACCAUUCGACCCACGCCCCACCAAUGCCCCAGCAAGAUCGCUACCGAUCCGCCCUGAACGAGCGACCACCGCCGAACGAGCAAAUAUACAAUUCCACCUCACGAUGUUCUGCACCUGUCUAUCAGCAGCCCCAUGUCCAACAAGCUCCGAGACCAAACCUGCCCUCCUCCUCUGCUGCUCCCGUCGCCGCGUUGCCGAGCUCAACGGUUGCCCCUAACCAACGACGAGGGGCAAACCGGCACUCUUCCCGACCAUCAUCGCCGCCAUUGGACAUGAGCCUGGUGUUUCACAGCAUGGAAAUUCCAGAAUGCAUCAGCCCGAGGAGUGGGAAUCUGGGAGACUUUAUGGCCGAGGUCGCGGCUCUCUUUUGGUUCGAGUCUCCGCAGACGUUUGAGACGGCUGAAAAAAUACGGACCUUGCCACCAAACGCCGCCAUUGCUAGAUUGUCGGCCAACGCUGUGGCGUCAUCCGACUUCAAGAAAUGGGUAAUGAAUAUCGUGGACGCUACAAAGAUCACCCAAAAUGUGGCGCUGCUUGCGCUUCUCUACAUCUAUAGGCUCAAAAUGGCCAACCCCAGCGUGAAGGGUCGACCGGGCAGCGAGUUCCGCUUGUUGACCGUCGCCCUGAUGCUUGGGAACAAGUUUCUGGAUGACAACACCUAUACCAACAAGACAUGGGCAGAGGUGUCGGGCAUUGGGGUGAAUGAGAUUCACGUGAUGGAGGUUGAGUUCUUGAGCAACAUGAGAUAUAGUUUGCUGGUUUCUGCCGAGCAGUGGCGCGCAUGGCUGGACAAGCUCGCCAACGUGUACGAGUACCUGGAAAUCGCCAAACGAUCACCCUCACCUUCGCCAUCGCCGCUGUUGAUGCCGUCGCCGAGCCAUCGCGCUUUUGCCUCACCAACUCCAUCUCCGAUGAGCACCGCCGCGAUGCAGCCGACCCCAGCCGGGCCCUUUUCUGGCGGAAACAUACAGAACAGCAACAAUCAUGGGCCAGUGGGCUGGCCACACCCCUAUUCAUCCAACAAUGCCGUUUCCCCCCUUGCCUUGAAGCCAGAACAGCACCUUUUAAGGAAGCGCAGUUUUACCGAAGAUGACCCGACCGAGCCCCCUGCGAAGCGUCUUGGCCGUGCUGCCCCUGAACAACCCCAACCCAUCCACCUGCCAGCCCACCACCUCCCAUCGCAGGCACCACCGCUCCAAGGUCUACACGUUGCCUCGCACCCUCCUAUCGGCUCUCAGCGACCUAUCCACUCUGCUACCGGCCAGAGUCGGCCACUUCCAUCCAUGAGCUCAGAUCAAGGGCGUGUUGCCGUGCCCAGUUUGGCACUGAACACAGGCCAUGCUGGUCCCCUCGUGACAACCCAGUCGUUCACAUCCUCGGCGGCAUACGCACCGCCACAGGCUUCACCACUGUCACUGCCGCCGCUUGUGCCGGGUGUGCGUGCCAUGGCCACCGUGUACCCCAAUGCCACCACUUAUGCGCCCCAGCAGUCUGUGCUGGUUACAUCCGGGCCCAGUGUGAGCUCGGCGCCACAGUCGGUGACCACUCCGACAACAAGCUUCCCGCCCAUGUCCUAUGGCACGCCAACAAAGCGUCCAUCUCCCCAGCACCACCUGGCUUCCAGCGCCAACAUGGCCGGGUCUUCGCCACUCUCCGUCGACCCCUAUGGUCAUCAUUCUGGGACACCCAUGGGGAACGCUGGGGCCACCAGCGGACUGCACACACCCAUCUCACACUCGCCAUCGGUUUAUCUGCAGCAACGCGAUAGUCCGUACAAGCCCGUGAGACAAGUCAACACGCUGCUCAUCCCGCCCGCGUCUGCCUUCCUCCACCAGUACCAUUUCCAGAACGCUGUUACGCCAAACCAGAUGCACUAUCAGCCGCUUGGAAGGAGGAACGAAUACCGGACAGGCAUUGUGCCAGAGUACACCAUGGACAGACAGCACUCUUACCCUUCUUCGCAACAGGUGCUUCCCGAUCCCGCACCGCAUCGACCCCCUCACGUGCCGCCUGUCGGGCGCCCGGAUUCAUUCCGUUCGCACUACUAA